AUGAAGGUCCAGGGGAAAGAGCACAGCAAUAAUGAGGCCGCCACACGGGUUAACCGGACCACAACCCGGGUCAUUAGAUCGGAUCUGAAUAAGAAGGAUUCUGCUAAUUCAAAUCAACAGAAUAAUAAUAAAAAUGUGUAUUUGAAUCUACGUCAACAACGUCCGUCUUCUCCGUCUCAUCAUCACCAUCGAAUUUUGAGGAAUUCUGAGAGUUCAAUUGGUAUGAGGGGACAAAGCAACGGUGGUGUAAGGGGGGUGACUUCCCCGGACAAAAAAGGUACUGCCAACAAUAACAGUAAUCACCACAACCACCACAAUAAUAAUAAGAAGAAUAAUGACAACCAUCACGGCGGCGGCGUAGAUGGUGGGUCGACGUCAUCGGAGACACCCCAAGACGGCAAGAAAGGUGGAUCGUCGGGAAGUGACGCGAUGAUCCCCCCAUCUGUGUGGCCUCCUAAGUUUGUGAUUCCCUUGACAAACAAGGAGAAAGAAGAGGAUUUCAUGGCCAUUAAAGGUUCCAAGCUCCCACAAAGACCCAAGAAAAGAGCCAAGUUUAUUCAGCGCGCCCUCAAUUUGGUAAGUCCAGGGGCAUGGCUAUGUGACCUGACUCUAGAAAGAUAUGAGGUCAGAGAGAAAAAGGUCACAAAGAAGCGACCACGAGGAUUGAAGGCAAUGGGAAACAUGGAGUCGGACUCAGAAUAA